GCUACGUGCCUGUGGUGCGGGCUAGCGCGGUCACGGUGGAGUUCAGUCAGUUGGUUGAGCCUUCAACAUGGCUUCUGGCAACGACAGGGGAGCGUGGCUGCAGUGACGAUGAAUUGGACUCAUUGAUCACAGGAAUUAAGAGCACAAUGCCAGAUGCUGGGUGCAGAGUAGUCAAAGGUGCUCUACUUGCACAGGGACACAGAGUGCAAUGGGACAGAGUGUAUGCAUCCAUGCAUCGCGUGGACAGUGUAGGUGUGCUUUCCAGGAUGACUCGUCUGAGAUGUGUGGUGAGGAGGACGUACACGGUUCCUUACCCAAAGUACAUGGUGCACAUUGACACCAAUCACAAGCUCAUCAGGUACAACUUUGUUAUCUUUGGGGGAAUAGAUGGCUAUUCAAGAAAGAUGAUGUACCUCAAGGUAGCAGACAACAACCGAUCUGAUACACACCUGGCAUUCUUCAAUGAAGCUGUGAAUGAGCAUGGGUUUCCUCUGAGAGUGAGAGGAGAUCACGGAGGAGAAAAUGUGGGGAUAGCGGAAUUAAUGUUCACAGUUCGUGGAACUGACAUUAACAGCAUCAUUGCGGGGAAAAGCGUACACAAUCAGCGGAUUGAGCGCCUCUGGCGUGAUUUGUUCAUGAGUGUUACAGGAGUGUAUUACAAUAUCCUGCACUCUCUUGAGGACGAACACCUACUUGACAUCAGCAACGUCCUACACAUAUUCUGCUGCCACUAUGUUUUCCUACCGCGCAUUCAGGCAAGCCUAGAUGUCUUCAGUGAUGCGUGGGACAACCAUCCCAUCAGGACUGAGCAGAACUUGACACCAAAUCAGUUGUGGCAGUUGGGCCAGGCCCUUAACCCCGUUGCAGAUCCUGAUUCUGAGGGAAUACCCAUCCCAGAGAUUCAAUGGGAGGAGAGUGGCUACACAAAUGAGCCUCAUUCCGGGGUCAAUAUCCCUGAACUGGACAGUCCUCUUUUGGAUCUGGAAAUGAUAGCACUGCGAGACAACAUGGAUCCAUUGCAGCAAUCUGACUGUUUUGGGGCGGAUAUAUACCUCAACACUGUCCAAUACGUUGAGAACUUAAUUGAGGCAAGAUAAGAGCAUGUGGCAUCCUUGGCACUUUCCAGUGGCUUCCUGUGACUUGGACCAAAAAUUUAACAAACUACUUUGGAACAUUUCAAAUAUUUUGAUUGUGCCUUAUGCUAGGAGCCUCCAUACUAAUUGACACUACAAAUGAAUACAGUAAAUUAGUAAGCUGAGUCACAUUUGGUGCUGCAUCCUGGGAAAGAACGUGGUACAAAGACUUUGUCCUCCAUAGACUGUGUGGACCAUCGCAGAGGAUUUCCAGGACCUAACAGCUGCAGCUCAGUCAGCAGAAAAUUCCAUAGGAAAAGCCUUUUCAGACAAAUGAUUGAGUUAGUAGAUACCUUUCAGCAAAAACAUUAAAACCAACCUGCCAUAUUAUUUUGGUCCCCCUUGUGCUGCCAAAACAGCCCAGACACAAUUGGGGCAUGGAUUCAGGACUGUUGAGGUGGUACUGGAAUGUUGGCACCAGGUCCUUUUAGGUGUUGUUGCUGGGUUUUUUUCAACAUUCAUGGAGCGUUGACUUAAUAGUAUGAAAUGUACUUUUUUUUUACUUGCGCUUUGCAUGCUAUGUAGAUAAGACAUGUUA